AUGUCUACUCCCCGCACGUCCUUGCGAGAGGGCUUGCGACAGGCUCCUAAAGUCAACCAGCCCUUUAUUCCAGAUACUGCCCCUGUUCGACGCUCGUUUACCCACGGAAAUGUAUCUCCUCAAUUGACACCUGUGUCGCCGGCAAACGCUCAAUUCGGCGUUGAUAACUGGGAUUCAAGGGACCAGAGAGCCCCAAUGUCCACACGCGAGGUAGCGACUCCGGGGAACCGACCAGGCCUGUUUAUUGGCCUCCCUGACAGUAGAGGGAAAACUGCUAAACAACCCGACUUUUAUGACCCUUACUUUCCCCUAAGGUUUCUUGAAGUGCCAAAGUCCGAUCAUAUCUAUAAGCGAGCCCAUUACGGAUUGCAAUCUGGAAUUUCGGACGAGGUCGACUUUGCUUUAUACCACCUGGUACAAAUAUCAAAUCAACGAUGGGAUAAGUUCAAGUUCGAGGGUUUCCCGCUACUUGCUGAAACACUCAUGGAAAAAGCAAUGGAGAUUACGCUUCUGUGUACCGGUGUGAAAUGGGAACUGCAGUACGAUUUUCGGCAACCAAUUGACCGUGUCAAUGUGUUGAACUCAUUACAUGGCACUCGCGAUCUCUUAGAGAAGAUCAGAAAGAUCCCGGUUACUUUGCCACAAGACACUCUUGAGACAUACGAGUUCAACCACCGGCUACGCAAUGUCAAAGAAGCAACUCUUGUCCUCAGGAAUAUGGUUUUAUUGAAGGAAAAUGCAUUCUACGUUGCGCGUUACGCCAAGGGUUUGCUGAGGGACUUCCUAGUCAUUUUGAUCAACAUUCCAAACCAGCCUCGUUUGAAUGAGAUCAAGAAUGAUGCAUUGGACAUUGCAGAAGAAGUGACCAAAUUCAUGAAGACCGACCCAGAAGAUCCUCUCUGGAUUACUUUGAUGGACUGCCUCGAAUCUUCAGAUCGUGCUCAUGUCGUACGUGGUCUUUGGGCAAUGACACAUUUCUCCACCGAGAUUGAUGAGCCGGAUGCAAACCAAGCGAUUGAGCGCACGCCGAAACAGACUUUGCAGCAAUUGUAUUACCACACUUUGCUUGACCUAGACAAGGACAUUUUGAGUGGUGCGCUCGACUUUUGGUAUCAAUACACACUCUCGCCGGGAAAUAUCGAGACUGUGAUUGACACCUUUAACCUCCCCAUUGUUUUCGUCCCACGAAUGAUUGCAUUGUUAGCAUAUGAAGGGAGGCCCUCCAAGAAGGAAACAGUGCUGCAGGAGGAAAAAGUGGCACCGCCUCCAUCUGAAAUCCCUCGUGUACCCGCUGAGCUUCUCAAAGAUUUGAUGGAUCUUUCGGAACCUGAGCGCAGCUCUCGCUGGUUGCGCUGUUGUUUCGUCGAGGACUCUGAUUGUGAGAUCACACAGAUUGCGCUGUGGCAAGCUUACCAGAGCCGAUUCGCAGACCCCAGGGUUCCUGGCGGUGGUGUUCUCCCUGCGGCAGAGUUCAUCAAGAAUGUCAGCACAACAUUUACCAAUGCACAGGCUCAGGUCAUCAACGGACCUGGUGCAGCAACUAAAUUCAUCAUCAAGGGAAUUCGGCCGCUUGAAUCUGCAUAUACCUUCCAGGGAUUCCCCUAUAUCUACUGCAAGUGGGCAGACAACUCCAAACCAUCCAAGACGUGCUCACGCGCCUUUGGUACUCCCUCAGACCUCCGCUCCCACGUUUUCUCGGAACACAUGAACCUUGCGCCUACUGACACGCCGGGCCACUACAACCUGGAAAACGCGGAAACCCCCGUUCACACCUGUCUCUGGGACAACUGCACCAAGUUUCGAUCAUCUGGCCCGAGUGCCAAUACCGCGAUGGUUGCAGGACACGUUUCCUCGCAUUUGCCCGAGGAGCGUGCCGCAGAUGCAGAACCACCGAGCUCCAAACGCGCGGUACUACAGGAACGCAUUGUUCGAAAAUGGUUUUACAUGGAUACCCCGGUGAAUGACAGAGGGGAACCCGUGGGAGUGGCCUACAAAGCGGCUUUAGUCCUGCGUAAUCUUGCCCGGAACCUCCCUAACCGGAUUGCACCAAAGUACGACGGACUUCCUUGGAAGAAGGCCGUAUUCCUCAGUCACCGUCCGAAAAUCAUUGAGUCAUGGGACCGGAAUAGGUCGCUGCGCAAAGAACUCACCGAGUUAAUUAUGACUAUAGAGAGGGAAGACGAUUAUUAG